AUGGCAACCGCAUCUGAACAGUUACAACUCGACCGACUAGAGCUGGGCAGCUCGUCUGUUCAUCCUCUCGCGUUUGAAUCUUUUGAUCUGCCAGCUUCCAACCAACGGAUUCUCGGGCCACCGCAUCCCAAGCACACGCCUAUUCCACUCGCACUCCGACCAGCUCCAUCUGAAUCGGAACUCACUUUGGAAAAUGUGACUGAAACAAUUCAAGCCCUCCAAGCAGAAGAUGGGACCUUGACCAAAAGACUAGCACGACAUGGUACACUGCUCUUCCGCGAUCUUCCAAUUCACAACGCCGAGGAUUUCAGCAAAUUCGCCCACGCCUUCGGGUACAAACCGCACGAAAUCAUCGGCAUAGUGGUUGACAGACCGCUCCUCGCACCGAAUGUCGCACCAGCAAACGAGGCACCCAAGGAGGUACUGAUAUACAACCAUAACGAGUCUCCACAGGUUCCACAUGCACCCGAGUAUAUCUUUUUCUAUGGACAUCGUGUCCCUGCUAUUGGCGGUGAAUCGCCGAUCUCAUCAUCCUUGGAGCUCUUCCACAGGGCCCAACGGGAAAUUCCAGAAUUCAUCGAUGAACUUGCAGAGAAAGGGAUCUUGAGCAAAGUCACAUAUCGAACAGAGAAGCAAUUUGAGGGCGGAUCAACGCUGCGCGAGGCCUUUGGCAAAGAGAUCCAUGACGGCGACGACGAGAGCAUUAAGCGUCGCAAGAUUGAGGCCCAGAUUGCUCGGUACGGGAGAGGGAAACAUACAACAUGGGAAUGGAUUGGUGAUGCUCUGGUCUUGACGCACAGGCUGCCUGCGAUUCGUACGCAACCUGGAACUAACUUGCCGACUCUUUUCACUGGACUUGCGGCAUACUGGAAGCGCACUCAGCUUGACACGGAAGCGCGCAAAAAUGUAACGCAACAGCUAUUCGGUGAUGGGACGCCUAUCCCCGAGAAGUACCUCGCUCGCUUGGCAGAAAUUACGGAUGAGAUUCGGGUUCUGCAUCGUUGGGAGAAGGGGGAUGUUUUGGUUUUUGAUAAUAUCAUUGCACAGCAUGGCAGACAACCCUGGCAGGGUGAGCAAUCCGACAGAGUGAUUCAGGCAAGUCUGUUUGAUGGAGAAGCUGUACCCGGGGCAUACGGGUUUGGGGACUGGGCACAAGUUGUGCAAGCCCUUGAUUGA